GAUCAUGGCGUUGGGUCACAUCCUCCUCCUCCUGGCACUGAGCGCUCUCACUGCCGCCGAGCCUCUGGUGUACAAGGACUGUGGCUGUGAGAAGGGGAAGCUGCUGACGGUGGACGUGUCACCAUGUCCCACACAGCCGUGUCCUUUGGUGAGGGGCAGCACCUACAUCAUCAACGUCACCUUCGCCAGUGGUAAGUCUGUGGUUGUGUCCCCGCAGAUGAAGCUGGUGGUGGAAUGGGAGCUGCGCGAUUCAGACAACAAGAAUCUCUUCUGCUGGAAGAUCCCGGUGCAGAUCGUGGACGGCUGAACGCGGGUCGCCGCAGCGCCAUUUGCUGCCUCCUAACCCUCUAGUGUCCGGUACUCGCCGCCCUCUGACUGCCGUGCAGUUAUAACAAUUUACAAAAUCAUUUUCCUGGUAAAUUUUUAUUGAAAAAAAAAACUUUGAAUCAAAAUCUUCUGAUUAA